AUGUCGUCCGGAAAUCCGUCCGGAAUUCCUCCGCCAAUUGUGCGCCGUCCCAUAGCUUUCGGGCAGCUCGUGAUAGCACACAAUGCGGCAGCACGCAAUGCGAUGAUUGCAAUGGCACCGACUCGUCCUGUUGCUCAGCACCAAGUCCCUGCCGUCCAGCCAGAGCCCGCCAAGAAAAAAAGGGCAUCGUUCAAGAGAACAACACGUAGCAAUGCUGAAUGGAGAGCAGAGCUCCUUGGUAUUUACGCUGGUCGCUUUCCAGAUCCGAAAGGAAUUUCUCUUCGCAGCUACGUCGGUGUUGACCACUAUAAACGAGUUCAGUACGUGUGGAAGCAAUUGUCAUUGGAGCAAUCUCUCUUGGAUGGCAUCAACCCAGCCAAUCCAGUGCUGGUUGCGACAAUCAACGAACGAUUUCCCGUGAUCGAUCGAGUCAAUGAAAAUCAAACAACAAAGCAACGGAAUCGAACAAACCCAACAAAUGAAAUGAGGACGAAUGCUGAUUGGAGAAAGCUAUUGCUCAAUAUUUAUGAGUUUCUCUUGAGUGCCAAAGCAAAUCAACGAAGAGAAUCCGUCCACUCCUACUGUGCAAAAGUCUUGCAGUCAACAAGCCAGUAUCGAAGAAUCCAAGACGUUUGGAAAGAGGUUGGAUUCUGCAGCUUGUUUGAAUUGGGGGCUUGCUUUUCUGACAACCGGUUGAAGCAAGCGCUAGAUGCGAAGUUUCCGGAAACAGAAACCACGGAGCAAACUAUGGAACUGGACGCACCAGCACGUCGUCGUCGAGAUCUCUCUGUUAGUUCCAAUUCCUAUUUUAACCAAGACGAAGAAGCCGUUUUGUGCGAAAGUGUCGCUGCUUUUGCCAAAUUAGGCUACCCAAUGAAUAAGAACAAUUUGAAAGCAUAUGCCGAUGCUUUCAUGGCAGCUGAGGGUUUGAUGACAGAUGCGAAUGGAGGCAUCAGUAUGGACACCAUUGAAAGGAUUUACAAGGAAGGUCGGAUGAAAGCAAAGGCCAAUGUUAAUCCUAUCGACCCAAAGAGAGCCUCUCAGGCUGAUCCCCAGGUAUUGAAUGCUUUCUUUCAUCAACUUGAUGCCUGGAUAAAAAUUGCUCAUGAAGUGAACCCAGAAGUGUGGCCCGAAGACAGAUACGCCAACGUGCCUCCCAGUCGCAUCUAUAAUACGGACGAACAAGGUCCAAACCCAACAGCCCUUCGAAAUCCUGUGCUGAUCCCUGAGGAAAUGGUGACCAAUUUGUCGAGGCUGUUUCAGAAUACUCGCGAGGGAGAUGGAAAGAUGCAGUUCCAUUACUCGGUGGCCAACAUCGUCCGUGCUGAUGGCGCCCAGUGUCAUCCUCAUGAAUCCGUUGAAGGUGCUCCGGCACCUUAUGUCAUUAUCUCUGAUGGUUCCAGCAGCAACGAUUUAGACAACAUGGAAAAAGCGGAUCGCGAUAAAGCACUCGCAAACCAGAGUGAGAGCAACACACGGAUUCAACUCAACGCUGCCGUGUUAGAAGGCUGGUUCGAUGAAUUUGAGGUUGGAAGCAAAGAUGACAUCGUCAACAAAUUUGGCUUUCAGGUCCGAACAACACCAACCGGUAGUAUGCUGAAGCGGACGUUUUAUGAUUUCAUUCUUCAUUUCACGAAGCAGUUACCACAUGACCAGGGGCCAAAUGGUAUUGGUGUUGUUUUGUUCUUGGAUUGGCAUUGCUCACGAGAGUGUCCCCAAUCCUUGAUCCUUGCUUUUCUCAAGUACAACAUUCUUAUCUUUGUGUUGCCAUCCAAAACCAGCAUCUGGGCCCAGCCAUGUGAUAAUGGAAAGAACGAAUUGACGGCAAAAGAUAUUGCACAUGCUGCCCAUAACCUUGGCCUCUUUGUUGGCAGUGCAUUGGACUAUCGAGAUGCGAAUCGAGUUUUCCGUGCAGGGCUGGAAGCCAAUUGUGUUCAACAGAACGAUGAGCUCCGGCGUACCGGAAGUAACGCCGCUGCCACUUCAUUUGCAAAGACUGGGCUUUAUCCGAUGAGUUACGAGAAUGAGGGAUGGAACAACGCUUUCCAGACUUUCAACAAACUGAAUCAGCUUGUUAAACAGAAGAAGCAAGAAUCCGGAGAAAAAAUUCCGACGAUUGUUUGGGUGACAAAGCCAAGGCCAAUCGACGAACGAGAGCCCUUGAGCGAAGCAGAGGAAGAGUCAAUCCGUUCUUUUCUUUCAAAGGACGACUUCUUGUUAGGCACCGAUUCAAGCGACGCUGUAUCGGAGACGACUGAGGCAAUUGAUUUGCCUCUUCUCUUCCUUGCUGUCGCGAUCGGCGAUCAUCUGCUUGGUGUUUAUGCCGAAGACGAAAACAGAGAUAUUGACAAUCCACCAACAGCAACCCAUGAUUAUGAAGAAGCCGCUCUGAAGCUUGUUCAAUUUGUGGGUGUGACGAAAGAUAAUAGAGUGGACACAAACUGCACGCUGACUGAAGAAGAAAUUGCCCGCGACAAGCUCCGAACAAGGCUUUCUGUGCUCAAGUUUGGUGAAGCCAUAACACUCCGAAAGAAAGAAACAAACAGGCAUGGAGAGCAUCUUACAAUCAAACUCAUGAAGCAGCAUGUGAGCAGAUUCCUUGUGCUCGACAAUCAACGAAGGCAAAGCCGUAAUCUUGUCACAAUGACAGCGAGAGACCUCAUCGAAAAUUACUUUGACAACAGUGACGACGAGACUUAUACCCUGACUAAGAAAGACAAGCGAAAGCAUCAAAAGAAGGCCAGAGUCGCACGAAAGCGGCUUAACAUGUCAAUGUGUGAUGAAGCAAAGGAGAGAGCUGACAUGCAGAGGUUGGAGCGAAAUGUGUCUUUGAUCACGGAACGCCUUUCGACAAAGAGAUCAAGAUUUGCCUCGAAACUAGCCACUCUGAUGGAAGAAGAGGAGCUUGACAUGGAGCAGCUUUACCUGGACUUUGAAGGCGUCGUCUUCGAACCAUACGCUGAUACAAUAUCUGUGACAAGAGGUGAGGUGUCGAAAGACAUCUCUGUCACCCGUGUCGGCACUGACACCACUGCAGUUGGUCAUCUGAUGGAAACCGUGCUCACAAAGCUAAUGCUUGAUCUCAAGUCGAAGGGACCAGAUAAGAAGAAGCGAAAGAGAAGACGCGGUGCAGGGCAGGCCACCAACCUUGGGAAGAGCGGAUUGAGUGUUGGUAUUUUGAUCCAAAGGCAAAACAAAAUGGAAGAGGUAAAGUCGUUACAAAAGGAAGAGAAGUCGCUUGUUGAUGCCGUGAAAAGAGCAAAGUUGCUGCUUGCGCAAGCAAAGGAAAUAGUCGACAGCCAAGAACUGAAAGAUUCGUUCUGGAAGUGGGACAUUGUCAAGGGCAAGAAGAGAGAGAUACUGGCACGACUUUGUGGCGUCUACAAGUCUAGCAACAAUGCUGCAGAAGUGGCAGCUAGCCUGAAGAGCUUGCAAUUGACAAAGGAGAGUGUGCUGGCGAAAAUCAAAGCAUUGGCUGAAUCGAUUGCUGCCAAGGAAAGAACUAUCGCCCCUGUUGUAGCCGAGAGAAGAGAGCGCGAAGACUUUCUAUUGUGUACUGCCGCCCACGCGGAAUCCGAGAAAGAAGACGACGACGUUGAAGAAGAGGAGUAA